ACUAAACUUUUCUUCUCUUUUUUUCUCCUUUUCCCUCUCCAACCUCCUUACAAUGUCAAACGAUAAUUCCUCUGUCACUUCUGAAAAGUAUAAGGUUGAACAAACCACAAUCGAUAAUUAUGUGGAAGAAGAUCGUGCCUCUAGCAUUGUCAAUGAAUUUGGUCAUGGUAGUGGUAACUUCAUGACUGCCUACUUCAACGUUGUUUGUGUUGUUGCAGGUACUGGUACUCUCGGUCUUCCCAAAGCCUUUGCUGAAGGUGGUUGGUUAGGUAUCCUCAUCUUAUUCUUGGCCUAUUUCAUGUCUGUGUACUCUGGUAUUGUUCUCAUUCGUUGUUUAUACUAUAAGCCUGGUCACCGUCUUCAUGACUAUAAAGCUAUUGGUACUGCUGCCUUUGGUUAUCCCGGUUACAUUAUUGCUUCUGUUCUCCAUCUUCUCAAUCUCUUUGGUUGUCCCGCUCUUUAUCUCGUGUUGGCCAGUAAUAACAUGGUUAGCUUGUUGGCUGGCAAGAGUGAUGUUAUUAGCUACAAGGUCUGGACUAUCAUUUGGGGUGUCUUUUUGUUGAUUCCUUCAUUGAUUUUGAAGACUCUUAAGGAAGUCACUGCUAUUGCUGCUAUUGGCGCUCUCUGUACUAUGAUUGCUGUCUUUGCCGUUCUUGUUCAAGGCCCUAUUCUUCGUAACUCUAGCGAUGCUAUUGUUGAACAUGAUAGUGUCAUCUGGGCUGGUUUCCCCGUUGCUCUUUCUACUAUUGCUUUCUCUUAUGGUGGUAACAACACUUACCCUCACGUUGAACAUGCCUUGAAGAAGCCUCAUCAAUGGAAGUAUGCUGUCAUUGCCGGCCUCUCUACCUGUACUGCUCUUUACUUCUUGACUGCUGUUCCUGGUUACUGGUCUUUUGGUAGAAACACUAAAAGUCCCAUUUACAGCAACUUGGAUGAAAUCCCCAGAAUUCUCUCCAUGAUUGUCAUGACCAUUCACGUUAUCUUUGCAAUUCCCAUCUACACUACCUCUUUCUCUUUGGAAUUUGAAAAAUUCGUCAACUGUUCCGAUGAAAAGCUUGGUAAAUUCGGUGCUUGGGUAGGUCGUGCCAUUAUUCGUGCCUGUACCAUGGCUAUCCUUGUCGUCUUAGCUGCUUUCAUUCCUUUCUUUGAUGACUUUAUGGGUUUGAUUGGUGCUCUUGCCAACUGUGGUCUUGUCUUCUUGUUGCCUAUUCUCUGUUACCUUAAGCUUACUGGUGUUCGUAACAAGCCUUGGUAUGAACUUGCUUUCUGUGCCCUCACUCUUUUCUUGGGUAUCAUUGGUUGUGUCUUUGGUACUAUUGACAGUAUCAAGGCUUUAAUUAAGGACUUCCAAGCCUAAAAUGUUUUUUUAUAUACCUUAAAAAUUAGUUGUACUUUCUUUCUUCUUGUAAAUAUCCUUUUCUUUCUACUUUGUUUAAUAAUAAAUUUUUAUGUAUUCUAGAUGAUUUGCAUAAGCAAAAAAAAUGUCGUUUUCAAAUGAGGAUUAGUAGUAGCUUUUGAACAAUAGAAAAGUCUAUUGUAUAUCAUAGAGAUCUGUUGAUCAGAAAAUAGGUACUGAUAGCAUGAAACAAAAAAAAAAAAAAAAAAAAAAA